AUGGCUGAAGCGGCUCUAUCAGGUACGCUUGAGGCCAGAACGGAAGCCCAGUCAUUGGCGGUACGUACUGAAGGGGCAGAAGCUUCAGCCACAUUUAGUGGACCUGGGUGGCUGAACCCUUGGGUUAAGCCUCAGACGCCUCGACACGACCAGGCAGGCCGCCUCUGGAAGCGUGACGGGACGUGGUCGGGAAGGCAGCCAAUGGUGCUCUGGUUGCCCCGCGUCUUCUCCAUCAGCCAGCAGACCUUCUUUCGCGUGCAGCCGGGGCAAUCGCGUAUCCACCCUCACACUGCUUCCACUCUCGCUUGGCUACCACCACGAUUCUCGAACUUCCUCAUAAGCCUACGAUUAUCUCCGGGUUUAAGGCACUUUGAUAUUCCUGCUGCUCCUUUCGAGGUAUCUUCAAUCUCGCCCCAGGCAACCGACAACAGAUACACAUUCUCACUACUGUCACCGCUCAAGCUGCUCCUCCAUCCUCAAGACAGCUUCUUAUUCAUUCUCAUCCUCACUUUACCACAAUCGAAACCAUCACCACGGCAUCAUCCUUCUUCACCGCCAGGCCCUCUAUUUGAAUCACUCACGGCAAUAUAUCUGUCUAGCUCAGCUGUCCGGCCCUCAUAUUCUUCACCUGUUGCACACAAAGAAACCGAAUUCUCUUAUGAGAUUUCACUGAGUCGCGACUACAUCCUCAGCCAUCGUUCACGACAAAGACACCCCCGACGCGACUUUUCCUUUAGCGAGAGUCAAGAAGCCACUCCCUGUCCGCCGUUCGCGGCCACCGCGAGCCGCGACUUGAAAAAAUCGGUACGUACCUCCCAAAGCUGGCGGCUCUGGUCCCAUUCACAAUACGGUCCCCACUGCAUACCACAUCACUUUUGCCCGAAGCCCAAUCUCCUAAUACCCCUACCUCUACCUCUGUAUUGCACUCUCCUCCUUGGUCUCAGCAUCUUUGCAUCUUUGUCAAUUGGCUCUUGGGACGCGACUGAUCUCGCCCAUCAAGUGUUUGGCGUCGAGCCUGAGCAAGCGUUUUGCCCGCGUUCGAGUCGCCCGUCAUCAUCAUUCCCCAAGCAUAAAGUUGCUUUAUCCUAUACUGUCUCUGCUUGGAACCUUACCUUUGAGAAUCCUACACCUCAGAUACUCAACUUGACAUACUCAGUUGACAAGAUGCCCGUUACCCGUCCGGCGCGUGCAACACGCCUCGUUUCGAACGAGAACGAUGAGAACAGCGGAACCACGCGCAUGACGCGUGCCAAAGCAGCUGCACUAAGCGUUGACGAGCUUGCUGCCCCAGGAAAGGCUCUCGCCACGAAGAAGUCUGCAACCAACGCGAUCCCGGCAGCUCAACGAACCAAACGCGCCGCCCUCGGCGACGUCAGCAAUGUUAACAAGCCAGAGGCUGGCGCAGGCAAGAAGCCUACCGGCAAGGUUGGCCUCGUCUCCAAGGCUGAGAAGCCUACUGGAAUCACCAAGAAGUCUACCAGCACCACCAGAUCUGUGGCACCCAGAGAGAAGAAGGACAAGGCACCCGGCUCAGGAUCCGGCGCGAUCUCGAAGAGAAAGGUCACGACCAAGGUCAUCAAGGAGGAGAAGGAGAUCUCUCUGGACGACAGCGAACCUAUGCGCAAGAAGCCAGCUACCGAGAGCCGAACCAAGUCCGACCAGGAGAACGUCAAGAGCCAGACUCCAGUCGAGUCUGAGCCCGUCAAUGCCAACAAGCCCUUCGUCUACCCCAAGAAUGUUACCAACCUGGACGAGGAGGACCUGGAUGACCCGUUGAUGGUGGCCGAGUAUGCCAAUGAGAUCUUUGAAUAUCUCAAGGAUUUGGAGUGCAACUCCAUUCCCAACCCCAACUACAUGGAGCACCAAGACGACUUGGAGUGGAAGACGCGUGGAAUUCUAGUCGACUGGUUGAUUGAGGUGCACACGCGCUUCCACCUCCUCCCUGAGACUCUUUUCCUGGCCAUCAACAUCAUUGACCGCUUCCUCUCGGAAAAGGUCGUGCAGCUCGACCGCCUGCAGCUUGUUGGCAUCACCGCUAUGUUCAUCGCCUCCAAGUACGAGGAAGUUUUGUCGCCUCACGUCGCCAACUUUCGCCAUGUUGCCGAUGAUGGAUUUAGCGAGGCUGAGAUCCUCAGCGCGGAGCGAUUCGUUCUUGGAACCCUGAACUAUGAUCUGAGCUACCCCAACCCUAUGAACUUCCUGCGUCGCAUCAGCAAGGCCGACAACUACGACAUUCAGUGCCGUACCAUCGGCAAGUACCUAAUGGAGAUCAGCCUCCUCGACCACCGUUUCAUGGCAUACCGUCCCAGUCAUGUCGCGGCCGGUGCUAUGUACCUGGCCCGCCUCAUCCUGGACCGUGGUGACUGGGAUGACACCAUCGCAUUCUAUGCUGGCUACAACGAAGAGGAGAUUGAGCCCGUCGUUCGCCUCAUGGUGGACUAUCUUGCCCGCCCGGUCGUCCACGAGGCCUUCUUCAAGAAGUAUGCGAGCAAGAAAUUCCUCAAGGCCUCCAUCCUCACCCGCCAAUGGGCGAAGAAGAGUGCUCCUCACUUCGGCAUUGUCGAUGUUCAUCUAUCCCUGGACCAGAUCUCAAACAAAGAAGACGAGCACUAUCCUGAGGAAGAGGAGGAGGAGGAGGCCAACUAUUAG